GACCUGGGCUCCAUCUCCACCACUCUCCCCAAAUCUAUGGCCAAUUCCCUGUGGGACACCAGGGACAUCUCCUAUGCAGGAUGUGUGGCCCAGCUCUUAUUCUUUUUCUUUUUCAUGUCAGCUGAGUAUUUUCUUCUCACCAUUAUGGCCUAUGACCGCUACGUUGCCAUCUGCAAACCCCUGCACUACGGGACCCUCCUGGGCAGCAGAGCUUGUGUCCACAUGGCAGCAGCUGCCUGGGGCAGUGGGUUUCUCAAUGCUCUCCUGCACACAGCCAAUACAUUUUCCCUGCCCCUCUGCCAGGGCAAUGCCCUGGACCAGUUCUUCUGUGAAAUCCCCCAGAUCCUCAAGCUCUCCUGCUCAGACUACUACUUCAGGGAAGCUGGGCUUCUUGUGGUUAGUGUCUGUUUAGGCUUUGGUUGUUUUCUGUUCAUCCUGCUGUCCUAUGUUCAGAUCUUCAGGGCCGUGCUGAGGAUCCCCUCUGAGCAGGGACGGCACAAAGCCUUUUCCACGUGCCUCCCUCAUCUGUCUGUCAUCUCCCUGUUUCUCAGCACUGCCAUGUUUGCCUACCUCAAGCCCCCCUCCAUCUCCUCCCCAGCUCUAGACCUGGUGGUGGCAGUCCUGUACUCAGUGGUGCCUCCAUGGUAG